CCACACCCACCGUGACCGGGGCGUGCUGACGUCACAGCGGGAAAUCCCAUCGGUGAUUAGCCGACGGAGCUGUCAGUCACUCAGGUGACGGCGGACGGGUCCAGGAGCGGCGGCGGCGGCGGAGCCCGAGCGCCGCCAUGCCCUGAGGAUGUUCAGCCUCGACGAGUUCCCGGAGGAGCCCGGCGCCUCCCCCACCGCCCCGUGGGGGGGCUCCCCCCCCCCCAGCCAGCCCGACACCCCCCCGGCCGAGGCGCGGGGCCGGCUGGGCGCGGAGGCGGGGGGGGGCCCCGGGGAUCCCGCCGGUUUUCGGGGCCGGUCCCGCUCCGCCCCCCCCGUGCUCUGGGCCGCCCGGCGCUACGGCCGGCAGCUGCGCAGGAUGAGCGACGAGUUCCAGCUGCAGGUGCUGCCGCGCCCCAAGAGUCUGGGGGGGGCCCCCCCGGGGCGGGGGGGCGGCUGGCGCGAGACCCUGCGGGCCUGGUGGGGGGCACGCCGGCCCCGCCCCGCCCCCCCGGCCCCCCCGCCGUGACACCCCCCCCCCAAAAAAUCCGAGGGGGGGCCCCCCCAAAAUCGGGGGGGGCCCCCCCCUCAUUUGAGAGGGGAAAGGGGCCGGGGGGGGCAAUAAAACUGGUGAUUUUUUUAAACAGCGUC